CUCUCUUACCUUCUGCCAGGUGAGAGAUGUAUUGGACCAAGUGGUAACUGCAAGCAACUUCAUCCUUUCAAGAUGAGGCCGAUGUUUGGGACCCUUCUGCCUAAAGAGAACCCUAGUGCCUCCAUCUCCAGUGUUACUCUUGUUCUCUGCCUUCUAACCCUUCUUCUGAUGGCUCUUUGCGGUCGCAAGGGUCAGAGAUACCUCUCUCACCAUUUCGACUCUGACCUCGAUAUUCACCCGCCUCCCCCUGGUCCUACACCUUGGCCCCUUGUUGGCAAUCUUCUCCAGAUGGGCGACCAAAUUCAUCUUUCCUUGACGCAACUGAGACACCAGUAUGGAGAUGUUUUCAAGAUUCGUCUUGGUUCUUUGACUGUUGUAGUCCUGAGUGGAUACGCCACCAUCAGACAGGCUCUCGUUCGCCAAGGGGAUGCUUUUGCCGGGCGUCCAGACCUUUUCACCUUUUCUGCCGUUGCCAACGGGACCAGUAUGACUUUCAGCGAGAAGUAUGGACACACCUGGAUGCUGCACAAGAAGCUGUGCAAGAAUGCCCUCAGGUCCUUCUCUCAGGCUGAGCCCAGGGAAUCUGGGGCCACAUGCCUGCUGGAGGAGCAUGUCUGCGCUGAGGCCUCAGAGAUGGUGAAGGUCCUUCAGGAACAAGCCGCUAAGGAGCUGGAAAUGACAGGUAUCGACCCGGUGAGGCAGCUGGUCACAUCUGUAGCAAAUGUGGUCUGUGCCCUCUGUUUUGGGAAAAGAUAUGACCACAAUGACAAAGAGUUCCUCACUGUUGUCCACAUCAACAAUGAGGUCCUAAGGAUCUUUGCUGCAGGGAACCUGGCAGAUUUCUUUCCUGUGUUCCGUUACUUUCCCAGUCCAUCUCUGAGGAAGAUGGUGCAACAUAUCCACAGGAUGAAUAGCUUCAUGGAGAGAAGUAUCGAGGAGCACAUCUGCACUUUUGACAAGAACUGUAUUCGUGACAUCACAGAUGCUCUGAUUGCACUUUGUGAGGACCGGGAAGAAAGCAAGCACAAGUCCACACUCUCCAACUCUCAGAUUAUUCAUACUGUCGUCGACAUCUUUGGAGCAGGCUUUGAUACCAUCAUCGCUGGUUUACAGUGGAGCCUUUUAUAUCUCAUCAAGUUCCCUGACAUUCAAGACAGGAUACACCAAGAAAUAGAUGACCAUAUUGGCACAGCCAGGUUGCCCAGAUUUUCAGACAAGGUCAACAUGCCUUUCACUGAGGCGUUCAUCUAUGAAGUGUUUCGUCACGCUUCUUACGUCCCUUUCACCAUACCUCACUGCACCACGAGGGACAUCCUCUUGAAUGGUUUCUUCAUUCCCAAAGACACCUGUGUAUUCAUCAACCAAUAUCAAGUCAACCAUGAUGUUGCUCUUUGGGGCGACCCUGAUGUUUUUCGCCCUGGUCGUUUCCUGGCCUCAGCAGGUAUACUUAAAAAGGAGCUCACAGAGAAGGUUCUUAUCUUCGGCAUGGGGAAGAGGCGUUGCCUUGGUGAUGGAUACGCACGUUUAGAGAUGUUUGUCUUUCUCACCACAUUGCUCCAAAGACUGCGAAUCCAAAGUGUUCCAGGUCAGGAGCUGGAUCUCAGCACUGAUUUUGGUCUGACAAUGAAGCCACGUCCCUACAAAAUAACCAUCUCCUCAAGGCUUUAGACAUGUUCUCUUCAACUUUAAAGGGGAACAUUAUCACAAUUUCAGAAUGGUUAAAACCAUUAAAAAUCAGUUUCCAGUGGCUCAUUAUAUUUUUCGAAGUUCUUUUCAAAAUUUUACCCAUCACGCAAUAUCCCUAAAAAAAAGCUUCUAAAUGCCUGAUUUUAACCAUCGUU